UAAACUCCGCUCUGCCUCUCGGUGCGCUCCCCCCCGCCCCAAAUGCCAGCCAUGAUCGAAAAGGGCCCGGAGGUCUCGGGGAAGCGCAGGGGCAGGAAUAACAAUGCCGCCGCCGGCGCUAGUAAUAACGGGAAUAAUAAAAGUUUGGCUGCGGCCCCCAAUGGGAACAGCAGCAGCAACUCCUGGGAGGAAGGCAGCUCGGGCUCCUCGAGUGAUGAAGAGCAUGCAGGCGGCGGCAUGAGGGUCGGGCCCCAGUACCAAGCCGUCGUGCCCGAUUUCGACCCCGCUAAACUUGCAAGGCGAAGUCAAGAGAGAGAGAAUCUCGGCAUGCUGGUCUGGUCACCUAAUCAGAAUCUAUCUGAAGCAAAAUUGGAUGAAUAUAUUGCCAUUGCUAAAGAGAAGCAUGGAUACAAUAUGGAGCAGGCUCUUGGGAUGCUGUUCUGGCACAAGCACAACAUUGAAAAAUCUUUGGCAGAUCUGCCAAACUUUACUCCAUUCCCGGACGAGUGGACAGUGGAAGACAAGGUCUUAUUUGAACAGGCCUUCAGCUUCCAUGGGAAAACCUUUCACAGGAUCCAGCAGAUGCUUCCUGACAAAUCAAUAGCCAGCCUGGUGAAAUUUUACUACUCCUGGAAGAAGACAAGGACUAAAACUAGCGUGAUGGACCGUCAUGCUCGUAAACAAAAAAGGGAACGUGAGGAAAGUGAGGAUGAAAUGGAAGAAACAAAUGGAAAUAACCCUAUUGAUAUUGAAGUUGAACAAAACAAGGAGAGCAAAAAGGAGGUGCCACCCGCUGAAACCCUUCCUCAGGUGAAGAAAGAAAAGCACAGUACACAGGCCAAGAACAGAGCAAAGAGGAAACCUCCCAAAGGAAUGUUCCUUUCCCAAGAAGAUGUAGAGGCAGUUUCCGCCAAUGCAACAGCUGCUACGACUGUACUCAGACAACUGGACAUGGAGUUAGUCUCAAUCAAACGACAGAUUCAGAAUAUCAAACAGACAAACAGCGCUCUCAAAGAAAAACUUGAAGGUGGGAUAGAACCAUACAGACUUCCAGAGGUCGUUCAGAAAUUUAAUGCACGUUGGACCACGGAUGAGCAGCUUCUUGCUGUGCAAGCAAUCAGGAAAUACGGCCGAGACUUUCAGGCAAUCUCUGAUGUGAUUGGAAACAAAUCUGUGGUGCAAGUGAAAAACUUUUUUGUAAAUUACCGACGUCGCUUCAACAUAGAUGAAGUUCUACAGGAGUGGGAGGCAGAGCACGGCAAAGAGGAGACAAAUGGAACCAAUAGCCAGAAGCCUGUAAAAUCCCCUGAUAAUUCCACUAAAAUGUCAGAAGAGGAAGAUGAGGCUACUUCUGUUCUUGAUGUCAGAUAUGCAUCUGCUUCGUGAGAAGGUGCUGUAGCCUAGAACAAUUUGUGUUGACUACUGUGUUAUCCAGGAUAUCAGGUAUUAGCAAACCUCAGACAGCCAUCUGCAUCAUAUCUGUGGACAAGCAGCUAUUACCAAAAAAGGCAAACGCUUCCAGUCCUGUGCUACAUCUGCCUUAAUCUCCCCUCAUUCCUCCAUACUGCCUCCACUUUCUUUCAAAAGCUCCCAGGUAGCUCAGCUCUCCAUUUCAUCAACGUCCUGCUUAAGCAUGGAGAUUUCUAGAACCAGUAACACCUGUGUGUAAAUUUCGACCAACCUGCAAAACCAGGAGCUCUUUGGCAGCCCCACAGUAACUCUACACAUUAGGACUUCUUAUAAUACUUGGUCCGUAGGGUAUAAGUAUGUAUUGCUGCAUGGCCUUGUGGUCUCUGCUUCCUGUGUAUUCUUACGAUGACACUAUUAUUAGCGAGCUUUCUAUAAAGGAGAGGCCCAUGCACAUGCCAGUGGUGUCAGGUUUGUUGUGAAAUGACAGGACCUGUUAACAAGCAAUCGUGAAUAAUAUAAAGUGAUAGGAAAUGUUAUUUCUGAGGUUGGGGUCAGUCCAAGGUUGUAAACGUAACUUCUCAUUACACUUCUGGUUUGUGCAAUUCUUUCCACUCUAUUUGUGUGUUCUUGCUUCAUAGAAAGCUCCCUAAUUGAGCAUUUUAUUCCUGUAUAUUUUAAUGGCUUUUAUUUAGUGCAAAAGGGAAUACGUAACCUGAAACUGUUUGAUACGCUAUUUAACCCCUGGCAUUCAGCAUUUGCAUUGUAACUUGUUAAAUGAAUGCUACACAACUUUCUUUUUCCUGAUCCUCUGCGGGAUUAAGUCAAAACAAACUUUCUCUGGUGCCUCUCCUUUUGGAAUAUGUGCCUUUUUACAUUUGGCUACCAUAGGUCACUCUGUCCCAGUGUCUCAUUCCUCUUCAGAGCAUUGUUUGCCAAAGACAUCAAACUACUUCUCCCACUGGAAGCCUGGACAAGGGUUGGAACACAAAAUUCAGCCUCAAAAAAGUAGUUUUUUGGUCUCUUGGAACUUUAAAUAGAGGAGAAUCGGGUUAAUUUCAUUGGCCAUUUUAACCCUUCUGAAGUACACACCGCUUUCAUGUUCUGAACCAAAAUAUGCAAUUUAUAAUCUAUGAGGUGCUUUUCCAAAUACUUGAUACAUGCAGCUUUCACAUCCCCAGCUCAGGUGACCUGUGCUGUGGCUUGGUUGGCUGGUUUGAACUGGAGCUGUUCUUGAAGGUCCUGUAGUCACGCUUUGCAUCUUGACCAAGGUGUUUGCUACUGACUGCCAAGCAGACAGUACUUAGAGAAGAGCUUGAAGCAGCAGUAUUACUUUUUCCCCGUGGAAAGCUGCAAAAUAACACUAGUCACAAAGCAUUUAAGAAUGGUUAAUUUAAUGAUGUUGGAAGAAACUAAGAGUUGUCUCUGUGGGUGCAGAAGAGGACCACCUUUGCCUCCCUCUACAGAGGGUUUGAGACAGGAUGCAUGCAGCAGCGUGGCACGAGCCUUUCUUAACUCGACCUGAAAUGAGCUAGCCCACAUCCUAUGGCUGAGGUGCUGCAACCCAGAGUCUAGCCUCACACUUGGCGCUGAUGUUUCAGCAGCUGGGCCACGCUGCGUUCUGUGCUGUGACGGCUCCUUGCUCUGAACCUGAGCUAGCUAACUUAAAGCCAGCCUGCUAACAUACACAGAGCUGCAGUCGCACCACCUUCAGUGUAGGCAGAACCCCAAGAAAGGCAGGGGAAGUGGCCUCGUUUAUCGCUGUGGUUGUCUCCUCCUUGGACCUUAUGUGGGGGAAGUGUUUCAACAUCAGAAAUCAAGUGAUCACAUGAAGCAAAGGAGCAGAUAGGCAUUUCCUAGGACACGCUAUUGUGUGGAGCCCAGAAAAUGCUCAUUUCAUCCGCUUCUACAGCUAUUUUUGAGCACUUUAAUUCUGGUAGCUCCAGAUAGAGCUUCUUAGGUGCUGGAAGGUUGGAAGGGAGCUAUUCCCUGCUCUCUGUAUUAGAAACCUGUAAUCCCUUAAGGCAGCCCAAGUUAGUGGCAACAUCUCCACAGCUGUUUAUGUGAACUGGCAGCUCUGAUGGUGGACCUGCACACACUCCUCUGGUCUGCGCAAGCUGCAGGUGAGGAGCCUCUAGUGAGAAAGGACAGUAGUUGCUAGCCAGUGUGAAUUAGGAUUAAAGAUGGGCAAAGUGCACUAUGAAUUCAGCUGACGCUUCUGGUGUAAAGCAAUGCCGCUCAUUAAAAAUACUCUGGUUGGAAGUGUCCUGCUAGUAGAAAUGUUCUGAGACAGGCUCUUGUCAGUGUGAGAGGACUGUGUAGACUUGCAUUCUGGCUGGUGAAAUUCAUCUGUUAAAGUUUCUACUGGCUAGUUAGUUACCUGUGAGGACUUGUCAUAGAUUUUUGCCCUCCAAUCUGUCCAUCUUAUUAUCAGAAAAGUUGUGUUUUGGCUUCAUCCCCAAAGGGUGGGGAGAGACAUGUAUAAUUCACGACAUUAGGAAGAAAAAAGUUGUUUGAUUACUUUUCAGUUGACUGCUAUCUUAUUGUAGUUGAUACAUACAAUAUAAUAGCACUAUAUUUUAAAUGUU